AUGACUGCAGACCUCCACCUGGUCGGUCAACAGUACAACUGGGUCGGAUCAAUCUUCUAUUUUGGCUUUCUUCUUGGUGAAUGGCCGUUUGGUCCCGUCAUGCAGCGCCUACCAAUCGCCAAACUGCUAUCGGGUACAGUUUUGAUGUGGGGUGUACUUGUUUCGUUAAUGGGCGCUACCCAAAAUGCGGCUGGUAUAAUGACGUUGCGCUUCAUCAUGGGAUUUUUUGAAGCUCCUCUGUACCCCAUGAUGAGUGUUAUUACCGUAAUGUGGUACACAAAACCGGAACAAACACUUCGUGUGACAGUUUGGUUCACAUCAUUAUCAUCGGUCAUUACUGGCUUGGUCUCAUGGGGCAUUGGCCAUGCAACUACCGGAAUUGCAUCGUGGAGACUACUCUUCAUAACUCUUGGAGGAUUUACCUUUGUUUGGGGAAUAGUACUCUUCCUCUUCUUGCCAGACUCUCCAUUAAGUGGCGGAUUCUUGAAUGAGAAAGAGAAAUACAUUGCCGUUGAUAGGCUAAAGGAAAAUAUGACUGGCAUGCACAACAAGCAAUUCAAAUGGUACCAGGUCAGGGAAGGGUUCCUGGAUUGGAAGUCAUGGCUGAUUGUCGCGAUAUCCAUCUUGCUCAACAUCCCCAACGGUGGCCUUGUUACCUUUGCCGCACAGAUCGUCUCUGGAAUGGGCUAUGGAGCUUUGCAGACCACUCUUCUCGGGAUGCCGACCGGCGUAUUCCAGACUGUGUCUGCCUUUAUUGUGUCUGGACUUUCUCGCGUCACUACAAACAAACGAAGUCUAUGGGGCUCUCUCUGCUGUCUUGUGCCGAUGAUUUGUUCCAUACUUAUACGGAAACUCCCUUCCGAUAAUAAGAACGGACUUCUCGUUUCGUACUAUUUCUUCUACUUUUUCUGGGGUGCUUAUCCAACAAUCAUUUCACUUCCUCUGGCAAAUACAUCGGGCCAUACGAAGAAGCUUACUGUCAACGCAAUGGUUUUCAGCAGUUAUUGUAUUGCCAACAUCAUAGCACCGCAGUUAUUCAAGUCUAGCGAGUCUCCAUCCUAUACCACUGGAUAUAACGCCAUCUUGGGUUGCGAAAUCGGGGCGAUUGUAUGCAUGGGCAUCUAUGCAGCGGGAUGCUGGUUCGAAAACAAGCAGCGGGACAGGAUUGAGAGUGGUGCUACAGAAUUGAGUGCGGACGACAUGUUGGACGACAUGACAGACAAGGAAAAGGUCGGCUUCCGUUAUGUCUAUUAA